CGCGCCUCAUACACUUCUUAGAAUCCAGAGCACACUACACGGCAAACCCUGGAUUCUUCAUCCAUCUGUCACAGCAAAUAACAUCAUGCAACGCCGGUCAAGAAAAGGCUGUAUCGACUGCAAGAAGGCCAAAGUGAAAUGCGAUGAGGAGCAACCAACAUGUGGGACAUGUAAGAGGAGGGGAUAUGCGUGUCAAGGAUAUGCAGCACCAGUGCCAAGCGCCGUCAAACAUACACCAAAGCCGGCAGCAACGAGUCCAAGUCCAAAAGCUGUAUCGAGAUCUCCGAGAUCAAAAAUAGAGCCCCAGACUCCCGCUCUGAUUCCACAUCAGCAAUGGUAUGAGAACAGGCAGUCUCCAAAAACACCAAAUACACGUGACCAUCACGAGACUUCCAGGCAAGAUGAUGGAGUGCUCUUCACGCCUCAGAAUCAAGCUAUGGAGUCGAAUGAGGUGGAAAUGAAGGAUGUAGAGGUGUUCUUCUCGAAUGUGGAGUAUACGGAACAGCAAAUCACAGUUAUAGCUCGAGCCCGAGCCAGCUCGAUGCAGCUACCCUCAUGUCCACCAAUUUAUCCCACUGUCCCCGACCUCCCACCAGACGCUAUCGGACGAACCGACAAGCCAGGAGUUGAAGUAUACUUCAACAGACAUCCGUCAGACCUGGUCAUUAGCAAGGAAUUCGUCAAUGAGAUGAAUGCCAAUGUCUUGCAAGUUUUCAACCAGGACCCAGCUGCUGUUGCCGAGACAUUAAGUGCUAUUGGUCAUAUCUACCUCGGUGAAGCAGGAUCAAGUAUCGUGCCUGUUUUGGAUAGGAAACAGAGAAUCUUAGCACGGUUGCGUGAUAGGAGAGAUUUGGAGCAAAUGAUGAUCAUGCUGCUUGGACUCUGCGCACUAGAAUUAAUAGACAGCCGGUCCGAACCAGUCGAUACUUCUCUCCCAGCCAUAAUCUCCAACGCCGCCAUAAUAAUCAAGCACCAGCAAGACAGUGGGCUUGCAUUCUCCUCGGUUGCCAAAUACUUUAUUCGGGCCCUCGCUCGUCAAGACAUGAUGAUAAGUCUCACUUAUGCUCGGCAUCCAAUGAUUCCACACUCUGUCUGGCUGACCGACGACUCGUACCGUUCUGCUGAUCGCUUCAUGGGCUAUACGGGUACCCUGAUGCCCAUCCUAGCCGAGCUUGGAGCCUUAGCUGGGGAGAUGCGAUGUGGUACACCAACACCUUCUGGUGGAGAUGGUACAGAUAGUAAUGCCAGCCAUUUUGGUGAUGAAGUGUGGAGUGAAGAAGCUAUCUUCAUAACCACCAACCCGACCCUCGCCAUUUCCCAGAAAGUCCUUGACAUCCGCCAGCGCCUCAACCAAUGGCGACCCAUAGCGUCUCAAAAUUUCUCCUUCCAAGCGUCCCGUAAUUUACUCUUCCACGCACAUUCUCACAGAGCAGCGGCCCUCCUCUAUCUCCACAGACUGCUUGAACCACCAGGAAGUUCAGAAGCAGCUGAUCAGGUAGCGCUCGGGAUGGCGCACGAGGUGCUCAUGCAUCUGAGUGCUAUGACAGAUCAGCUGAAGACUUCGCUUUGGCCGGUUUUGAUUGCUGGGACGGAGCUGACGGAGGAGCAGGAUAGGAGUAUUGUGUUGGGGAUGUUUGAUGAGAUUGUGAGGCAGAGGAAGACGGUUACGUCGAGGAGGACGAGGGAUUUCUGUGUGCAAAGGGUGUGGGCAGCGAGGGAUGCGGGGUUGGCUUGGAGUUGGAUGGACUUGGUUGAGCUAUAUCCGGGGGAGUGUUUGCCUAUUUAGAGCUGUGACGUUGGUGUGUUUGAUUGGCUGGUUUGAGGGCGUAUAUGGAUGGUUCGGAUAUGAUACCCACGGGAGGACGAAAAAAAUAUAUCAGAAAUCGUCACUUGAGAAAUUCUAGUAGUCUAUGUCUACUGAUGCAAAGCUGCAAAU